AUGCCAGCCAGUGGUGUUGACUAUCAGUUACAAGGGCCUUCGAGUUCUAGCCGAUAUCGUUCUGACGCGUUGAUUAAGAGCUCCGUGACGCUCGAUGGUGCUGGUGUCUCCACAUUAACUGAACACGUCCUCAAGGGCGUGGAAGCUGACCUCAGGUUCAGUACCAGAGCCACCCGCUUGAACGACUUCCUCGAUACUUUCUUUCCCAAAUGCGAUAAUUCCUCCGCUCUUUUCAAUACUCUGAAAAGCAUAGGAGCAUACGAUGCGUCUGCUGAUCGAUGGAAAUCUCUCCUUGCCCAACCUCGGGGUGCUGAACUGCCCUAUUAUAUCGCAUUUGCUGACGCAGCGAACGCUAUUGGCCAGGCGGCGUGUGGCCAGAACGAAGCUCCAAAGCGUUUUUGGCUAGACCGGCAUUCAUCGAAACCCAAGUCGUUCACACACGCGGCUGCUAAUCGCCCUGAUGUCGUGAAUGUUUUAGGAAACAAGGAUGACUGGGAAAUGCUGAGUGAGGCCAUCCUUAAAGCCGAAGUUUGUGAUAUGUUCAAGCAUCGUGCGAAGGUAGACGAAACUGACUGUCUUUAUAAAGAACAAUACCCCGAUACGAAGGUUCAGGUAUCGUGGGUCCGUACCAUUGUGCCUGUCGAGAUCAAGCCGAAGACGGUGGUCAAGCUCGAAGAAGCACAGAAAACAAUCACACAGCUCUGUGGAUAUAUGCGACAGAUCCUAAGGGAGCAGUACGAUCGCCAAUAUGUAUUUGGGAUGAUUCUCUUCCACUCGAGUCUGUCUCUAUGGUACCGCGACCGCUCGGGCUUGGUGGGAGCUGAUAGUAACAUCGACAUCCACAAUGAGCCAGACAGGUUUAUCCGAGUGAUAGCGCAUUUCUCCACCGCGGAUCCUUUCCAAUUGGGUUGGGACAGGACGAUGAAGUUAUACAGGGGUCUCUCAGAGAAGGCUGUAUACUCCCAUUCCCCAGAAAUACCUUUGAAUUACUUUGAAACACUACCCUCACUGCAUCUCGUUCGAUGGCUCAUUACAGUGUGUGAUGCGGACGCUAAACCACAUUUUCUCGUCACUAUCCGUGCGCUCAGCGUCGCUCGGUCAGAAAUAAUGUGCGGGCGUGGAACUCUUGUCUGGCUUGCAAUGGAUUUAGCGAAAAAAGAGGUUGUCGUUCUGAAGCAAAGUUGGAGACCGUUGACAUCAACAUCUGAAAAUGAUUUCUAUGGGAUUGCUGGGCCCGGUGACCAUAUUAGCCGCGUCUACUUGAAUCACGAGGUUCCGGGAACUAGGACAUUUUCCGACCUUCGAAAGGAUGUGCAUACCUAUCCUUUUCAUCAGAGGUCUACUAGCCAAGCAAGUGAAACAGCGAAACGAAAAGCGACACCGGAUGAGGUGUUGCAUGUCAAUGUCAUCAGUGGUUUGCGUGAUUUUUCAGACUUUCCUGUCACCGCAGAGACGGUAGUGGAGCGUGUAUUGACGCGAUUGGUUCUCAAAGACUAUGGAUGGCCGCUGAAGUAUUUCCUAACCAUGAAAGAGUUUUUGACGACGGUGCAUGGAACUUUUCUUGGUAAGAUUCUUCUCAACUCUCUUUGUUUUUUGACGCAAAAAACGGGUCUGUUGAAGUUGUUUGAUACGAGCGGGCGAAUCAGCGACAUGGAUCAUUCCAAACACGAUGUGGAUUACCAUGAUCCAGCUCCACUUCAAGAGAAGCUACUAAACCGCCCCAAUCUUCUAACGUACAUUGCACUAGGCCAGUAUCCGCUGAUGUCAGACGGUCUGUCGGACUUGUUCGCCUCACUUCCUGCAAGCAUAGAUGACACGGAGUUGGUAACUUACUAUAAGGCUCUUCUCAAGUCUCUUUCAAUAGAAAUCAAAAAGAGUAAUACACACAUUGUGAGUUUUUCGACAAUCGUUUUUCAGAUUUCCGAUGACCUCACAAAGAUGCCUCCUUCUUUUGCCAGUCAUGUCGCUCAACACGGUGAACGUACUGGCACCUUACCGUAUAUCAGUCACAAGAUUCUUGACAAGGCGGUGAAUGUUGUUCAUGUCGCCAUCCACGACAUGGAAUCCUUUUUUUGGGUGGUGAUAUAUAUAUGCCUCACACGUGCAGGUCCUGGUGGACCAUUGCGACAUACGCUCAAGUCCCUGUCCGAGGCUGAUGACAACGACACCUACGAAACGAGAAAAAUCCGUGCCCUCGUUUAUUUCUUCUUUGAUGCCCCCGAGAGCGACAUCCUGUAUAAUAAGAGGAAGCUAUUCGACAAUCCCGGUCCAGAACAUCUCCAAGAACAUAUACUCGACUACUUUGAUCCAUAUUUUGCACCGCUGAAGCCGGUCGUCCUAGAAUGGUGGCGCAUCUUGAAUCUGGCAUACCACUUCAGAGAUGGCUUUGAGUACAGGUUUCCGAUCCUUCCUUUUCAACGCGCCAUCGAGGAAGCUCUUCAGCGGCUUCCGGACAACUACGAGGAGAUCACCGGAGUCACUGCUUUCUAUGAGGCGGAGCGUUCUCGACGGGAAGGAGAGCUGGAUUUGAUUCGAAAGGCCUUGACAGAGUGUGAUGUGCUUGAGACCACAGACACUGGUCCCGUGUGGGAUAGCCCGGAGCGGCCCGAGACGCACGUUGGUGCCGGCAGCUACGACCAAGGUUUUGUUUCUGUACCCGUGUCGGCCGAUACCCCUUCUUCGCCUACGCCUCUUCCCAAGAGUAAGAAAUUUCGUGCUGCAGGUGACCAUGCAUGGUACGUCGACGUCUUUCUCGACCGGUUAUCUUUUUUUAUUAACUUCUAA